GGGGCGCGUGCAGCCAAUCACGGCGCGCAAGAGGGGCCAAUGUGGCUCGACGCCACGGCCGCAAAAUUUCCCCUGACGAAAUUGGAGCGUGAUGCUGCCACUCUAAUUCUACGGGCCAGCCUCAGGAGAAUCGCAGGCAAAGGAGCAGGGGACGGACCCCAUGCGCACAUGUCAUCAUUGCCUGUCCAAUUUGUCUCCGAUGGAUUAAUUUAUAACUUAAUUAGCUUGCGAGGAUCUCGCUGCAGCCGUCUCACGGCAGGGCGUCGCUUCACUAGCAUGCGUGCCAGUGAGCGUUCAAUAGCCGCGUCAAAGUCCCAUGCGUGGCCCGCUGGACCCUGGUGGUUGGUGUCGAUGGCUGAUGAGGGUAAUAAUCGAUUCCUCCAUGUUCGUUCCAGCUCAAACUCAUUCAUCUUAUUAGCAUCUUUAAUGACGCGCCAGCUUCCUUCCUUCCUUUCCCUGCCCCCCUUUCUCCCCUUCCGCCCAAGUCACAUCCUUGGCUUAUCUGCAUGAGGCAAACGCGAUGGAUCCUGCAUCAAGGGAAUCGCAGUUUCGGUCUGAGAGCAGUGGUCCCAUUCGCCACCACAUUCUUCCCCGUGCCCCUAUUCCCCAUGCAAUUACCAGCCAAUUGUCCAAUGUAGAAUCU